UGGGCCCAAAACUGAAGCCUGAAGCUGGUGAGCGAAAUUGGGAGGGGGACGGAGGAGAAACCCCAACAGCGAAAGAAAUCAAGCAACAGCAGCAGCUUCGUCUCUGAAGGAGCUAUGGCUGUCGAAGCUGACGCGUCCGGAGGCUUAGAUGAAGUUCAUAGCGAUGUUCUUGCGGGUUCUAGGCAAGCUUGCUAUAAGGCUCGCGAUGCUUUUUAUGCUUGUGUGGAGAAGGAAUCGGACAAAAAGCCUACUGAAAUUGCUUCUGUUGGCCUUAUUUACCCCGCCGAGUGUAAAGCUUUGAGGGCCGAGUUUGUCAAACUUUGUAGGGCUUCUUGGGUGAAGCAUUUCGAUAGGAAGUUUUGUCAGAACAGUAGGGUUCAAAGACUCUUAGAUGACAAAGAUUCGAGGAGAGGUCCCUUGUCACUUCCGCAGCCUUACACUUUUAAGCCCACUAGUUGAACCAAACACAAAUCCCCCGGGUGGAACAACUUUGGGUGGUCAGAAUCUUUUAUGACGAUCGUUGUUUUUGUUCUUUUUUUACUUUGUAUAGCGAUGAUUGUGCUUUAAUUUCCUAAUAAUGCCAAUCUUUUUAACAACUUACAAAAGCUUAUUCCACCCCAUUUUUUUAUAUUUUUAGGAUAUGGGAGUUCUAUGGCCAUUAUGAACACAAGAACAGUUAUGUAGUCACUUGACUAAACUUACAUAGUAUUACCCGUCUCUAAAACUAUGUCGGUCA